CAGCUCACUGUGGCGAGGCUAAGAGCGAUGGGCCGGAAGCUGGACCUGUCGGGCCUGACGGACGACGAGGCGGAGCACGUGCUGAAAGUGGUCCAACGGGACAUGAAGCUGCGAAAGAACGAGGAGGAGAGGCUGAGCGAGAUGAAGCAGGAGCUGGCGGAGGAAGGCAGCAGAUGCUCCAUCCUCUCCAAGCAGCACCGUUUCAACGAGCACUGCUGCAUCCGCUGCUGUGCGCCCUUCACCUUCCUGAUCAACCCCAAGCGCCAGUGCCUGGACUGCCAGUACAACGUCUGCAAGACCUGCUGCACCUACAACAAGAGGGACAAAGCGUGGCUCUGCUCUGCAUGCCAGAAGGGCAGGGUUCUGAGAACACAGUCCCUGGAAUGGUACUACAACAACGUGAAGAGUCGGUUCAAGAGGUUCGGCAGCGCCAAGGUUUUGAAGACUCUGUAUAGAAAGCACAUUAUCGAGAGAGGGGCGCUCUCUGAUCUCCCAGAAAGCAGCGUUCACGACGGAAGCAACGACAACGAUGGCAGCAUCUGCGGCAGUGACUCCGCCUUCUACAAACAGAGUGAAGGACACAGUAUGGCCGAGACGCUCACAGUCGCCCUGCGUGUCGCUGAGGAGGCUAUAGAAGAGGCCAUCGCUAAGGCGGAGGAGUUCAGUGACAGCUUGGAGAAGCAGAAUGAGGCUCGGUAUCUGCGGGACCACAGAGAGGAGCUCAUAGAGGAACUCGCUACGACCAUUGUGCAAAAAAUCAUCCAGAGGAGGAAGCAUUCAGAGAUGCAGACAGAGUACGACUUUGUCUGGCCUCAGCCUCUGAUCCAGCCCAGUGACCUGCCCUCUCCGUCUCAACCUCACACCUCUUCACAAGGACCACAGGACCCCCUCAAAUCCUCCAACUCUCUUUGGAGGUCGCGGUCAGCGUUUUCCCUCACCAGUGACGACUCCCCAGAGAAGGGCCCAGAGGAGGGAGCCGGAGCAGGAGGUGACCUGCACGAGUACGCGUCUCUGAAGCGAGAGGCCAAGGCCACGUCCCUACCCAGCUGGAAGAGCGUUGAUCGCCUGGACAACUCCAGUGCAUCUUCAGUGCUCCAGAGCCCAGACGGGAACUGGAUCGCCCUGCACAGUUCUCAGCUGUCUCGGCCCAGCCUGCUGACCAAGAGGAAGAGCCUGGUGUUCAGCGUGUUGGAGAAGGAGUCCGGCGUCGUCUCGGCGUACGAUGAGAUGGGCUCCGACUCCGAGGAGGACAACGAAGGCGGAUGGGGCGCGGCUUUGAGACAGUUCAGACGCAAGUUGUCCGACGAGACCUACUACACGGACUCGCAGCACGACCCGGAGUGGACGUACACCCAGCACCUUCCCAUCACGUCGCCGUCCUCCGGCCAGUACACCAACACAGAGACUCUCAACUCGGACUCAGAGGCUUCGUCUGUGCUGUCCGCGUGUCCUCGUAAACCACCUCAUAACUUGUUGAGGAAGAAAGGACCGGCGGAGACACACCUGCACCCCAAUCACCAGCCCCUGUACCACCAACACCUGCAACAGAACUUCUCUCCGUACCCUCUGCACUCAGAGGCACUGGAUGUGAACUUUAACCCCAAGGUGAUGGGAGACAGCAGCGAGGCCGAGGAGCGGCAGAUCGACCCGGUCAGAAGGUCGCGACGACGACGGAAAAGCAAGAGGGAGUCGUCAACGGAGCAGAACAAACCUGGAGGCCAGAGCCACACACAGUCCAUCUACCCCUUAGUACAGGAGAACAGUGGUUUCCUGCUCAACGCCCUGCUGAAGAGGGGUAUGAGUGAGGAGCAGCAAGCACCAGACAAUAUGCCUACAGCCCCGGCUGCACUGGACACCUUCAGACUAGAUGCCAUGACACCAGAGCCCGAGGACUUGGACACAGUGGCCCCAAAUUCCGCAGCCCUGAAUCCCCCACAGCCCCACUCUCUAUCUCCAGGGUCACAGCACCUGGGCAUCGGCUCAGGACCCGGAGACCUGGAAGAGGAGCUGCGAUCCCGACUCAGUCAGCUGGUCAAACGUGCCAACAGCAAAGAGGACAGCUCGGCUGGAGAGGAGUGGCCUGCAGACAGACAGGCGGACAAAGACAGUGACAGACAAAGAGAGAAGAAGAGGCUGAAAGACGCAGACAGGGAACGGCAGAGGGCGAGUGAAACGGUGGAACAGGUGAACGGACAAGAGACGAAAAGGAGUGAGAGACUAAUAAAGAGUCCCUCGAUGAGAGAGGAAGGAAGAGUGAGGGAGAGGAGGUUGGAGAAGGGAGUGGAGAGUGUGGAGGAGAAGGUAGACGACCAGGAACAAACGAGAGGAGACAAAAGAGAAGCAAAUAGACAAAGUAAGAAACAACAUAGGAGAGAUGUGGAGAAGGAGGCCGCACAGAAAGGAGGAGGAGGAAGGAGGAGUGGUUCAAGUGCAAGUUCACCUGCUGUUACACCUUCUUCCCAGGAGGGGGCGCUGUCAGACAACCAGGAGGGACAGAACGACUCGGAGCAACAGCAGAGGCUCCAGUUGCUCUCCUCUCUCUUGCAGCAGCAGAAGUACUCGGCGGCGUCUCUCUGCAGCAUCACCACAGAGGUGCUGAAGGUUUUGAACGCAACAGAGGAGCUGAUUGGUGAGGCUGGAGGUGAGAGCUACACCCCGUCCGAGUCCAUGAGUGCUUCUCCAAUCUCCAACUGCUCCGAGACCCGGCGGCUGGACCAGAAGCUGACCAAGAUGGAGGAAAAUGUGUACCUCGCUGCUGGUGCUGUGUAUGGCCUAGAGGGGGCGCUAGGGGACCUAGAGCAGUGUGCCCGCAGUAUUAGCAGUGAUACCACAGACACAGAUCUGGCUUUCCUUGAAGACCAGGUCGCCACUGCAGCCGCUCAGGUCCAGCACUCUGAAAUACAGAUCUCAAACAUUGAGGCGAGAAUAUCAGCCCUGAAAACAGCUGGUAUGAACGUGACCGUCUGCAAUCGCUUCUCCAAGUACAAGCCACCACAGGCGAAGCCUCAAACUCUGGAUACAUCACGCCAUCAAAGACGGAAGCUUCCAGCACCUCCUCUGAAAGAAAAGUUGGAGCCAGAGCAACAGGUGAAAGUGUUUCGGCCGUAG